AGGAACUGACCUGCAGUGGAAUUUUACUUCUACUUGACUCCACUGCUCGACUCACAGAACUUUACCUCAUCAUUUCACAUCUGAAAUCUUUACUUUUGUCUGGACUUUAGUUCUGGGUCAGACUUUGGUCCAGAUCUGGGGUUUUCUGAGGUCACCCACCGGGUCCAGACAAACUGAGCAGGUCCAGACAAACUGAGCAGGUCCAGACAAACUGAGCAGGUCCAGACAGAACCACAGUCAUGGAGGAAUCAGCAGAAGCAAAAGAAGUUCAGAAUAACUCGACUCUUUGUGUAAAUGCUUUGAAAACCUUUAUUGACAAAGGGACAUGUCUCCUGGAGCUGGCAGAGAAACAGAGUAAAGAAGGUUCUCUGCAGGAUUACAUCAGACUGAAGAUCCGGAUCGAACAGAAAGAGUCUCCGCUCGGACUCAUGGACGCAGCAGCUCAGCUCUACAAGAGUCUGACAGUGAAGACGAUUGAAGAGGCUGAAGAUCUGUGGAAAAGCUGCUCUGACUCUGCAGAACUGAGUGAAGCUCUUCGCUCAUUUCAACAUCUGGAGGAGCAGUGGGACAGUUUCCUUCAGAAGUUGGACCAGGACCUUCAGCCUGAGCCUGAGACGGAGCAGAGAUAUCCUCAGUCCAUCUCCCCUCACCUGCCGCUCACCUGUGCACGCUCGGGGCGGGAGGUGAUGCUCGGGGAUUAUCUCCAGAAGAACCAGAAGCUGCUGCUGGUUCUGAUCCGACAGUUUUCCUGUUUGUUCUGUCGCCGACACAUUAAGGAGCUGCGCAAGAACCAGAAUCUUCUGGAGUCUCACGGCGUGCGUGUGCUGGUGGUUUCUUUUGGAUGUCGUGAUGGAGCGACUCACUGGAUCUCGGAGACGGGCUGUGCCUUUGACAUGCUGCUGGACCCUCAGAGACAGCUCUACGUCGCCUUCAGUCUGGGUUCUUCUCUGUGGAAAGUUCUAAACUUCAGAAACAUGUUGGUUUAUGGAGAAUAUGUGGCUCAGGACCAAGAGUUCCCCAAAGAUCUGCCUUCAAUUCAAGACGACAUGUUCCAGUUGGGAGGAGACUUCGUGUUGAAUGAACAUGGUUCCGUUUUGUUCUCUCACUGCUGCCAAAGUCCCAUCGACCGUCCGUCCGUGUACCGCAUCCUGUCCGGGAUCAACGGCUAAUGUUCUUAACCCCAAUUUAUAUGUAAUCAUUUACAACAAGGGACUGGCCCUAUCACGCAAUGGGAAACGUGUCUGAGAUCAGCCACUAAUGCUCUUCAACUGUAUAAGUAUUUAACAGAAUCAGAGGGAAAUCAGAUUACUCACAGUAACCUGAUAACUCCAGAAAUCAGAUCAUGAAACACUGACUUUAUCUCAAUGGGACCAACUGCAGCUUUAGAUGUGCUAUAUAUUUUUUUCAAGAAAGCCUGAAUGAAACUUUUUUUUUUUUUUUUAUUGUGCUGAUGCAGUCACUCUGUGCUCUACAGCGCCGCCCUUCUGGA